AUGGAUUGGAAUAAAAAACAUCUGAAUUUAAAUGAGAGCACUGAGUUUGAAUCACUCAUAACAAUUGAGCCAAUGGAAGUGAACAAUAUUGUACAGGAUCCACUAAAUUUAACCUUCGAAGAAUAUGAAACUUCGCAAACAUCUGAUUCAGUUCAUGUAUUCCCGAGUGAACCACGUGGAGUAUUAAAAAAGAAACCUCGUUUCGCUGUUCCAAUUAUUAUUGAAAGUGAAGUUGAAAAGCAAGAUGUAACUGACAAAGUAAAAUCUUUUAUAAAUGAAAAUGAACUAGUUGAACAAAUGGACAAUAUUUCGUUUGAGGAGUAUUCCGAAAAAGUAACUGAUUUAGAAUGUCAAGAAAUAUGUUCAAUUACCGAACAGAAUGCUCGUUUAGAUCAAUUAACUUCACGAAUUUUUGCCACUAUUCUACCGGAAAAUGUACCUGUUGAACAGUCGAAACAAGAUGUGAAACAGGCAUAUAAACGUUUAAAUAUGAUAACAAAUGGUGCACAAGUUUUGGUAUUCAAUUGUUCACAAACUAAUUUACGUUUGGAUAGAAUAUUUCACAAAGUUCAAAAUUGCGUAUUCUCUUUAACAAGCUUUCCUAAUUUAGCAACAAUGGUUGUAUUUUGUCAAAAAGUUUAUGAUUGGUUAGCACUAGAUGAAUAUCACAUAAUUCUACUUCAUGCUGAAGGUGAACAAGCAAAAAUUCGUUUAAUGUUACUUGUUCUUGCAUUGGAUUCAUUCUAUGGAUCAAUUAAUAAAUACCGGAAUAACGAUACUUACUCCCUACGACGUUAUAUUUCAUCCCGUCUUAAUGGCUUCUCUCAUGUUCCGGUUGGUUGGAUGAGAUACGCUGGUUAUAUGGAAAUAUUCUCACCAACUAACAGUUUAUACAUUCUACGUGCACCAUUACAUAUCUAUCAACUAUAUUUAUAUAAUUUUCCUGUUUUUGAAAAAAAUAAAUUAAGAUUAUACUUUAAAUUCUAUACUGGUUCUCCUCCUGUACAUAUGUAUACUACUAACCUUUACGAAUACGAACGAACUGAUUCUGCAAAUCUUGUGUUGAAUUUCCAAUCUAACUCCAAUCGUAAUAUUGGUCUACAAUUGAGUGGUGAUAUUAUAAUAUUGGCCUACCAUUCCAGAAGUUAUCCUUUAAAACGUAUUCGACUAUUUCGAAUUCAUAUACAUUCCUGUCAAGGGAUCGAGGAUUGGAUACGAUUUGUACCAAAUGACUUUGAAGAAAUUUCGGGAUCUUUCCCUUCCUCGAUGAGCUUAAUUCUAAACCUUACUUCGAAACCCAUUCCAUUAACUGCUGAUGAAAAAAUCCAAAUAAAAGUAGAAAAUGUAUCGAAACAAAAAACUGCAUUUAAUAGUCAUUCAGAUAACCUGCUUGAUGUUCAAAACAAUCCUGAAGAUCGUUCACGUUUACAUGAUUCAUUAGAAAAUUUAUCGGAAUCAAUUAGAUCACGUCAAUUACCAUUAAGAUUAGCCCUUGCUGAUACAAAAUUCGAUUCAACUUUAUGUACCUUCAAAUUAUCACAUAUAGAUGAUAGCAGAAUAAAUAAUCGUGAUGCGUUACAUAAUGAUCAAAAAAUGAAAAGCUGUUGGAAUCCAUGGUUGAAGACGAGUAUAAUUCAGCGAAUUAACUCAAGAGCUUAUGAAUGUUUAGACUCUGGACUUGAGGGUGUACAAGAAGAAUUCGAUAAUGUGACUGACCAAGAAGAAGAAAUUGACUACAUAGAUCAUAAUCAAAAUAAUAAUGAAAUAGGAAAUCCCAUAAAUAAAAACAUUCAAUCAGAAACUGAUUCUCUAAAGUCAAAUAAUACUGAUCCAAAUGACAGAAGACAAGAAUCUGAAUCAUCAUCUUCAUCAUUAUCUUUCAAGAAAUUACGUCCUAAAUAUUUAUUUCACAUUGGAAAAUCGAAACAUAAAAAUACUGAGUCUGUAAACGAUCUCCAAAUUGUUAGCACAACGAAACCGAAAUCCGAAAAGUAUUGCUAUGAACAAGAAUCUAUGCCUCCACCAUCUAGUACUACUGUCUUAAAAUAUUCCAAGAAACAUAAAACUAUUGCCACCCGUAUUGUCAAUUUUUUCUCAGCUCAUUCUAAACAUCGUAAAAUGGACAGCAAUCAGUCAAUUAAUGAUUCCUCAAUUCACUCAUUUGAUUCACCAAACAACAUUAACCACCUAGAUUACGAUGAUUCAUCAGAAUUAAGUUUAGGUCAACAAUCAUCCGGUGAAAUUUCAACCAGUAAAAGAAUCAAUCAAAAAACACAAGCAUGCGCUCGUGGUAUUCCAACCGACAAACUUGGUCCUCCUUGUAAAACUCGGAAAUUAAUAUCUGUUGGCACUUCUACACACUGGACUGAGCCUGUACAAACUUUCUAUCCAACAGAAGAUUUAGUCGAAGCAGCACGUUAUCUUAACAUCAUGGCCGGAACACAAGAACUUGAUCGUUUAUUGGAAGAAUUACGCUUAACAAGUAUGAAUAUGGCCGCCGGUCUUCCUCCUCCAUCUAAUACGCAUUAUAAUUCCAAACCAUAUUAUUCUUCACAAACAUCACGAAAACAAUUGUUUCAUGAUGAAGUUUAUCCAGAUCAUCGAUAUGCUCCGAGUAGUAGGUCUGCUUCGGUCACUGGUUACAAUACUGACGCACAUAAUUUUAAUGAUUCUUUACACUCAAAUUAUCACAAACAUUCAACCUUUUAUUCAGAUCGAAUAGAUAAUAUUGGAAAAAGUACCAGUAAAUUUAAUUCCUCUUUUUCAACACCUCCACGACAUCAGUCGGUAUUUACGACAACACUUAAACAACGUCCACCUGUUGCUCCUCGAAAAUUCAAUCAAAUUCAUUUAACUAUUGAUCCUGAUUGUGGAACCACAGACGCAACUAAUGCGGCUGCACAUACCCAUGCAGAUGCACAUAUUCCAAGAGAAGAAUUAGCUAAUCUUAGACGUGCAAUGAGUUUAGUUGAUGAAAGACAUCAACGUAUUGAAAAUAUAAAUGAUUCUAGAAAUCUAAUUUCACCAAGUCAUUCAGUACCAAGACGAUCACCAAAUAUGGAAACACAACAAUAUUUAAGUACAAGUUCAUCAUUUCAACGAUCUUAUCAACUGCAACAGCAUAGUACUCCAGGAAGUGUCAACUCAUAUCAACAAAGAACGUAUCCUAGGAAAGAGCCAACAUCUAUUUACAAAUCACAAAUUAUUUCAAAUGAUGGAAAUUUCUCAGCUCCUAAACGUGCAAUGAGUCAUACAAAUGUUUAUGGUCCACGAUCAUGGAAUUUACGAUCAUAUCAAGGAUCUGAGUCUGAUUUAGCAUAUAAACGUGAAAUGUUAUCAUCAUCAUCUUCACGUUUGGCACGUAGUGGUUAUUCAGCCAGACGAGAACACAAGAUUAAGACAAUGGCUGCUUCAUCAACUGGACUACAUGAUCACCGUCAUUAUCAACAAUCUAAUGUCCAACAACAACAUUACCGUUCGACUUCAGCAGUUAAUGAAAUCGGUCGAAAGGAGAUAAUUCAAAAGAGAUCUAUGGGAAAUACUGAAGCCUUUGAAGAAUUCGAAACAAUUACACUACAACCAAUAGGUCGAGGUGUACAAGAUCUUGAUUCACAUGUCGGAUCAAUGACAACACUGGCACGAGGAGGUGGUGCUUCGUCUAUGAUUGAAGUUCAUAAGCAUACAUUUCGAACUCCAAGAAUGUAUUCACCAACUUCGUAUCAUUUUAAUCGUGCUCAUAGUACAACACCAACUCGUUAUAGUAGACCUACUAAAGGGUUUUCCAACGGUUUAUAUAAAAGUCACUCUGCUUAUAGUGGUUCAGUUGAAACAUGUCCUAUGUUUAAAUCUCAUACACCUGAUCCAGGACGCGAUAUUACUGGUUCUCCUUUGUGGACAGCAUUGCCAAGAAAUUCUAGUACAACAUCUACCACUUGUAAAACAUGGAGAAGCGAAAGAAAUAUAACUACUACACCACUAGGACAAAUUACUUAUGAAGAUAUGAUGCCAAAUACACAAAUGGCAAAAAUUCAGGUACUAGAAUCAAGUGAAUUACCAACAACAUUGUCUCCAUAUUCUAGAAAAUCUGCCAGUCUACAGCCAAAUGAAGUUGUAAAAAAAGAUAUAAGAGUGUUUGAAUCACCAUCGGACAAUGCAAUAUUGAAUAAUUAUUUAGAUAUUCAUGAAUCAGAAAUGACUAAUUUGAAAAGAGUUGUCUCUUUAAGAAAACCACCUGAACGUUCUAGAUUAUGGGCUCUUCCUGAUAAUAUGAAAAUUUUACGUUCAUCAGAUGGUUUUAUGGCUGAUUCAUGCUAUCCAAAUGAUGUUGAUAUUGAUGAAAAUGAGGAAUUGAUUAAUCAUCAAUUCAUUCUACCGGAACCUGGAAAAACUACAUUGAAAACGGAAAUAAAUGGUUUAAGUCAAAUUGAUGAUCAUCAACCUCCACGAGCAAGCUCACGUACAAGUUUAUCACGACAACCAUUUGCUUCAACUCAAUAUCUCAAUAAACAAAAUUAUAAUCAUGAUGGAGAACAGACAAUUUUCAUUAAUCGUGUUCAACCAACAUCAAGUACCCCAGUUCAAAGUUAUCCACCCAGUAGACUUGGUACACAAUCUGUUUAUCCAGAUCACAUUACUGUCUCAACUACUCCACAAACAGUAACUGCUCCGACAAAAGUUGUCAGUAAUUUGAAUGUUUUGACGAACACUAGAAAAACGAGUGAAGUUACCGAAGUUCCUAUGCAAAAUGGAUGGAAAUCUGAGAAAUCUAAACAAGAUACAGUAGAUAGUGGUAAUAUGCCUCAAGUGAUUGCAACUGCACGUGUUUGGUAUCAACCUAAAUUAUCCAGAGAAGAAGCUAUAAGUAUUUUACGUCAACAAGUCCCUGGAAGUUUUCUUAUUCGUGAUAGUACAACAUACAAAGAUGCUUUUGGUUUAGCAGUCAAGGUUGCUACACUUCCACCAAAAGUUACACCAAAAUCUAAUGAUCUUCAAUCUGAACUAGUUAGACAUUAUUUGAUAGAAGCGGUUAAUACACCUACUAAAGGUGUACGCCUUAAAGGUUUUGCAAGUGAACCAGUAUUUCCAAGUUUAGCUGCCCUAAUCAACCGACACACACAAGAUGCUUUAGCAUUACCUUGUCGAUUAAUUCUCCCAGCCAUUCCAACUACACCGUUACCACAUGGAUAUAAGCCUCCACCACAAAUUGUAACUGGCUUACCACCGAAUACUAUGGAUACAACAAUAAGUAAUCAUAUUUCACAAUCGAAUAAUCAAUAUAUUCCGAAAGUUGACAGUGCUACUGGGCCAGUUUCAGAAUUAGGCUCUGUUAUAAUGGAUAACGUGGAAAUUGAUUGUACAAAAUCAGUUACCAAUACUUCUACAAUGGGUAUAGAAGGUCUGCCAUUCGAAUGUGUAAUUAAAGAUGAACAUCAUAAACCAGUGAUGUCGCAAAGUCUGCUUAAUCAAGGCAUGACAUAUAGAUGUUUCAUGUUAGGAUCAGUAGAUACUCCACAGUGGAAUAAUGAACUAUGUUUCUCAAGAGCAGUUGAUCAAUUAAUUCCAUUGGAAACUUUGACAGCAUCUGAGUGUGAUCAUGGUAUCAGUCGUGUUCGAUAUUCAGAUAUUCAAUUACAUGUUAGCGCACACGAUGGAAUUACAAUUAUAGAUUUACUAAGACGGUUAUUCCUUCGACGUCAUCUUCCCAAUAAUAUAUUAUUGUAUUGUGGUAUAGAAACUCGAAAAAAAGAAUUUAUUCAUCCCGAACAUCAAAAUCAUGGUAUACGGAAUCCUAAAAUCUUUGGAUUAGUUGUUCGUAAAGGAAUUAGUGAAUGUACAUGUCAUAUAUUUUCUGAAUGUGAUCCAGUUCAUUCAGCUGAAUCUAUUGUGAAUUAUAUACGAACUAUCUAUCCUCAUUUAAAGAGUUAA